CACUAGCCCGCCUUCUCAAUUCUCAUCCAUAUAUUCUUUCUUUUUAGGGUUACGAUUUCCACACCUGAAACCCUCUCUCUCUCUCUCUCUCUCUCAUCUAAGCUAGGGUUUUCACGAUGAUGCAACCAGCAACGAGCGUAGUUCAGCCACACCAGCAGAACCACCUUCAAUACCAACAACAACAACAGUCAUGGAUGAUUCAGCAGCAGCAGCAACAGCAACAGCAACAACAACAACAACAACAAUGGCAGCAACAACAACAACAACAACAACAACCGCAACACCAGCAACAGCAACAAUUACAGUAUCAGCCUCAGCAGCAGAUGUAUUACCACCAGCAACAACCCCCUCAGGCGGCUGCCACGGCGGUGCAACAACCCCAGUACUCGGCGUCCCAGCCCUCCAGCGCCGACGAGGUCCGCACUCUUUGGAUCGGUGAUCUCCAGUACUGGAUUGAUGAACAGUAUCUCAUCAGCUGUUUCGCCCAUACUGGCGAGGUGGUCUCUGCAAAAGUGAUCCGUAACAAGCAAACUAGUCAAUCAGAGGGUUAUGGCUUUAUUGAGUUCGCAAAUCAUCCUGCUGCAGAAAGAGCGUUACAAACAUAUAAUGGUACCCAGAUGCCAAAUAUUGAGCAGAACUACAGACUGAACUGGGCAUCCUUUGGUACAGGUGAAAAACGUCAAGAUACUACCCAUGACUACACCAUAUUUGUUGGAGAUUUGGCAUCUGAUGUUACAGAUGACAUGCUGCAAGAGACUUUCAGACCCCACUACCCCUCAGUUAAGGGUGCAAAGGUUGUAACCGAUAGGAUGACCGGAAGGACUAAGGGCUAUGGGUUUGUCAGGUUUGGAGAUGAAAGCGAACAAUUGCGUGCUAUGACCGAAAUGAAUGGAAAGUUCUGUUCCACCAGACCCAUGCGUGUUGGACCAGCUGCUAACAAGAAGAAUGCAGCUUCAUAUCAGAAUACACAAGGAACUCAGAAUGAGGAUGAUCCAAAUAAUACAACUGUGCGCAGUUUUUUCUCUUUAAUUAGGAUAAUAUUGCUAUCUCUCUCUCUCUCUCUCUCUCAGUUUUUAUUUCCUUUGGGGGGUAGCGGAACUGAUAUGAUUCUGGCCAAAAACUUGCAUUGUCAGAUAUUUGUCGGUGGUUUGAACGAUAGCAUUUCAGAUGACCAACUCAGGCAAGUUUUCAGCUCAUAUGGGCAGUUACUCCAUGUAAAAAUACCAGCUGGCAAGCGAUGUGGUUUUGUUCAAUUUGCUGAUAGACAUUCUGCUGAGGAAGCAUUGAGGAUGCUAAAUGGAACCCAGUUGGGUGGACAAAAUAUUAGACUUUCAUGGGGUCGUAGUCCUUCAAACAAACAGACUCAGCCGGAUCCAAACCAGUUGAAUGGUGGGUAUUAUGGAUAUGCACCUGGAUACGAAACUUAUGGAUAUGCGGCAGCUGCUCAAGAUCCUAAUCUUUACUAUGGAGGCUACCCUGGAUAUGGAAACUACCAGCAACCCCAGCAACAGCAGUGAAUUUCUGGUCUGUUUGCCUGCAAGAGAUGAUGGAUGGAGAUUGACCUCUGGUGAAAUCUAGCCAAGGAAAGUAAUGCUUACAUUGUGAAAGAACAGAACUUUCAGUCACUGUUUAUUGAGUUUCUCAUUCCCUGCUCUAGUAUUUGUAGGAUUCGAUAUUGGAGUGGUGUCUAUUUCUGGCUUGCGUGCUAUUUCAUUUUUGAGCGGUUUAUUUUUUUCCUGCUGUUUUUCCUAGUUGCUCUUGUUUUGAAAUAUGUUUUUAUUGUCUGUUUACUCUGUUGAGAGCUCGCACAAUUAACAUCAAUUAUGUGUUUUGAUUAUGGUAUUAGCAUGUAUUUUCAUUGC